AGUAUUUUGACCUGUUGAUUUAUUCAAGCAGGUCUAAAUCCUUAAUAGUUGUCAACACCCCUUCUGGUCUGCGCUUCUGGAUCGCCUGAAUUUGAUCUUCUUCAGUUAGUAUGGAACUGUUGCGCAAGUUUUGGAAUAGUCCCGUUGGUCCAAAAACAGCUCAUUUUUGGGGUCCUGCUGUCAACUGGGGCAUUCCCAUUGCGGCAGUUAUAGAUACGCAGAACCCGGCAGAAACGAUUAAUGGAAGAAUGACUGCAGUAAUGUGCGGUUAUUCAGCGGUUUAUAUGAGGUUUGCUUGGAUGGUGCGACCACGAAACAUUCAUCUUCUUAUAUGUCAUGCCUCGAAUGAGACUGUGCAACUCUAUCAGCUUUCGCGGUGGGCAAGAUCUCAAGGUUAACUCGCCACUGUGCACCAUACAAUUACAGUUAUUAAUAUCCAUGGCUUUAAAUAACGGCCACGGUUGUGAUUUUCAUAUUUCAGUUGGUACACGUGUUGUGUUAUUAAUUGCGGUUGUCGCAUCGUGAAUUAAUCACAAUAUUUAUAAUAAAUAUUUUCUGUGGUUUGUACUUUCAUACUCUAAUUUCGAAAAUUUAUGUCCAUAAUGGUGCAGUAACGAUAUAUUGUAGUCGUAAUGGGGUUUCACGAUUAUAACUAGGGUUGGUAAACGGGCAUGCACAUCCUGCAAAAUCCUGCAUAAAGACGGGGUGGGUGGACAUUAUGUAGGGCACGGGCCUAUAACCUUGAGCCGCCCUGCAAAUAACUGAGGGCGGGACAAGGCGGGCGGACGUUGCAUCUUUUUAGAUGCAAAAUAUGAUGUUUAUGCCUACGUCCGCAAAAGCCUGCAAAUAAACAAGGCGAACAUAUUAGAGGGUACAAGACUAAACCCUUGCCCCGCCCCACGAAAAAGUGCAAAAAAUGGACAUUUACGACGGGUCAAGUUCGUUUUGCCACACUUAAUCAUAUAUAUCAAUGUUUUGUCUUGGUCAUAGCAAAUUUUGAUCUGUGAUUUUUUUCUCAGCAUAAAAUUGGUGAAUAAGAGUUUCGAUACCUUUAAAUAUCGUUUUAUCGUCGUUUUAGCGAUAAUUUACCAAUUUUUAUAACGUUUACUAUAUAUCACUUUGUUAAUUAAUGUUCUUAAAUAUUUAUGUGGGAUAUUGGAUCGAACUAUAGUAUGGUCGAAUGAUAACUUCUUGGUUCGACAAUUCGACAGGAUCUUAGUAUGUCAUCGAAGUCUGGUCACAUGUUGUAGUCAAAGUCCUACAAUGUUGUAGUCGAAGUAUGUUCAAGUAUGCAAUAGUUGAAAUGCUAUGAUCGUUAGCAUGUCUAAAUGGGCCUAUUUAUUAUGCCCAAU